AUGGACAACGAAGACGAUGACCGCCACCAAACAAAGUCGUCUUCAAAAUCAUCAACAAAACCAUCAUCCAAAGACGCUGGUUCUGAUGCUGAAGACGAUAAGAAAAGCCAAACCAAGACGUCUACAACAUCAUCGACAAAGCCAUCAUCCAAAGAUAUUGCUAAAGACGAUAAGAAAACUGAAACGAAGGCGUCUACAACGUCAUCGGCAAAGCCAUCAUCCAAAGGCACUGGUUCUGACGCUGAAGACGAUAAGAGCAGCCAAACCAAGAGUUCCACAAAGUCAUCGACAAAGCCAUCAUCCAAAGAGGCUACUUCAGAUGCCGAAGACGAUACGAAACGUGAAACGAAGGCGUCUACAAAGCCAUCAUCCAAAGCUUCUAGUUCCGAAGUUGAAGACGAUACCAAAACUGAAACCAAGACGUCUACAAAGUCAUCGACAAAACCAUCAUCCAAAGCUACUAGUUCUGAUGAUGCUGAAGACGAUGAGAGCGACCAACACAAGACGUCCACAAAGUCAACAACAAAACCAUCAUCCAAAGGUAGUGGUAAGGACUCAGACAAAGAUGAAAUAACCGAGAGAAAAUUACCUACUAAGUCGUCGGGAGGUGCCCAUGCAGAGAAGAAGGACCAUGUUCCGACCACUAGUGAGCUGAUGAGCAGCGCGAAGGUGUUAGCGUCAGCAGCGCAGGGGGAAAAUGUGGAGAAGGCCGAGUUGGCCGGGGCAGCGAGCAACCUUCUUGGCGCGGCCAAUCACUACGGCCAACUCGAUGAGAAAGGGUUGGGAUCGUAUGUGACCAAGGCCGAGGAUAUGCUACGUAAGUUUGGCCAGAAGUCUGAUUCUGAGUCUGGCACCGGUGCUAGUAAGACUAAGGAGACGACUACUAAGAAGGAGGAAGAGAAACCAGUGAAGAAGCCAGCUGCUAAAGAUGAUGAUGAGGAAGAAGGUGGUGGGUUUGGAGAUUUUAUGAAGAUGGCGAAGGGUUUCUUGAAGGGUUGUCGGAGCGUCUAGGUGGCGGCGAUGUCAGUAUGGGAGUGGCAGCUGUUGUUAGUUUCAUGGUCUGAUUGCUUUGUGGCAACAGAAGCUGUGAAUGUUAACGGG